GGCGGGGCCUGGUGGGGCCCGGCUGGUGUACGUGUGUGGGAGUGAGGUGGUGGGGGGGUCCCGGAACUCCCCUGGCCACUCUCGCUUUCCGUACUUCCGAAGGACACCGCGGGUGUGUACAGAGCAGAGAUCAGGAGGCUGAGGACGCGGAGCCGGAAAGAUGAGCGUGGGCUUCAUCGGCGCUGGCCAGCUGGCCUGUGCUCUAGCUCGGGGCUUCACCGCGGCAGGCAUCCUGUCGGCUCACAAGAUAAUUGCCAGCUCCCCGGAAAUGGACUUGCCCACGGUGUCGGCGCUCAGGAAACUGGGUGUGAACCUGACUCGGAGCAACAAGGAGACAGUGAGGAACAGUGACGUCCUGUUCCUGGCUGUGAAGCCGCACAUCAUUCCCUUCAUCCUGGACGAGAUUGGGGCUGACGUCCAGGCCAGGCACAUCGUGGUCUCCUGUGCAGCUGGUGUCACCAUCAGCUCUGUGGAGAAGAAACUGAAGGUGUUCCAGCCGGCGCCCAAGGUGAUUCGCUGCAUGACCAACACACCCGUGCUGGUGCGGGAAGGUGCCACAGUGUAUGCCACGGGCACACACGCCCUGGUGGAGGACGGGCAGCUUCUGGAGCAGCUCAUGAGCAGUGUGGGCUUCUGCACAGAGGUGGAAGAGGACUUGAUUGAUGCCGUCACAGGGCUUAGCGGCAGCGGACCUGCUUACGCAUUCAUGGCCCUGGAUGCACUGGCUGAUGGUGGAGUGAAGAUGGGCCUACCAAGGCGUCUGGCAGUCCGACUGGGGGCCCAGGCCUUACUGGGGGCCGCCAAGAUGCUGCUGGACUCGGAGCAGCACCCAGGCCAACUCAAGGACAACGUCUGCUCCCCAGGCGGUGCCACCAUCCAUGCCCUGCACUUCCUGGAGAGUGGGGGCUUCCGUUCCCUGCUCAUCAACGCUGUGGAGGCCUCCUGCAUCCGGACACGAGAGCUACAGUCUAUGGCUGACCAAGAAAAGAUUUCCCCUGCGGCACUCAAGAAGACACUCCUGGACAGAGUGAAGCUAGAAUCACCCUUGGUGUCCACAUUGACCCCCUCCAGCCCAGGGGUUCUCCUCACCAGAAGCCCGGCUCCAGGAGUCAAGAAGGACUAAGUACCUCUGCCCUCCUCGACACAUACAGAGCCCUCCCCUAAGAGCAGGCACAAGAGGUCUGCACUUCCUUAUAACUCUUUAAAUCUCUUCAGACCAAGCAGUAUCAGUUUCCCUGCUGAAGGGAUGUUGAUGCUGGAAGCCAGAUAUUGCCCAUAUCCCUCUGUUGAAGGAGAGGCAGGUAGGCUGAGGGAGGUCCUUCAACAAGGAUUCCUACUGGAGCCCAAGCCAAGGAGGUGAGAGCCUCGGUACAUGGCAAGAGCUUUCUUUCCUUUAUUGAACAAGUGGGAAAGAAGUGAACAACUUAGAAUGCUACAGCUAAUCAGAUGUGCAUAGAAUGAAAUUGUACUUGGACUUAACUCUUGUUUCAUAGAUGUACUUUUUAAAAUUUUAUUGAAGAAAUGUUGACAUUUUCACAUCUCCCCCAAGAUCGGUGUGAGCACACCUCACCCACCACCAAAUAAAUUGUCUUCCUCCACCACCAUAGGAAA